AUGGAGAGGAAGGCGACCCGAGCCUCGGGGAACCCUAACCCGCCCGCACUGGGCGAGGGGCCGCGGUCCGUGCCACCACCGUGCGUCCCGGGCGGCGGAGGGGCCCCUGAGCGGGGCCAGGCUGGGGCGGCGGCCGAGCCCGCGGAGCUCAUCCGGCGGGCGCACGAGUUCAAGAGCCAAGGGGCGCAGUGCUACAAGGACAAGAAAUUCCGCGAAGCCAUCGGCAAAUACCACCGGGCGUUGCUGGAGCUGAAGGGGCUGCUGCCGCCUCCAGGGGAGCGGGAACGGGACGCGCGGCCAGCUUCCCCGGCCGGAGUCCCCAAACCCAGCCAUCUCUCAGAGGAACAGAGCAAGACGAUCGAAGCCAUCGAGAUCGACUGCUACAACAGCCUGGCAGCCUGCCUGCUCCAGGCCGAGUUGGUAAAUUAUGAGCGAGUCAAGGAGUAUUGCCUCAAGGUCCUAAAGAAAGAAGGAGAGAACUUCAAGGCCCUUUACAGGUCUGGCGUGGCCUUCUAUCAUCUAGGGGACUACGACAAAGCUCUCUACUACCUGAAAGAAGCAAGGACCCGACAACCCACAGACACCAAUGUGGUUCGGUACAUCCAGCUGACGGAGAUGAAGCUCAGCAGAUGUUCCCAUAGGGAGAAAGAAGCCAUGUAGCCAAGAGGCCUCUAUCAAGCCACACCCAUGCCUGACUAGGGACUUCCAGGCACCCUUGGCGGAGAGUCCCCGUGUGGGUUCUCUCCCUCUCUCCCCAGUUCUUCCUGUACUCCUUGUCCUUCCUGUUGCUCCCUGACUCUGUCUACUCCCAGUGCAAGGUGACAGGCACUCUUGGACCUUGGCGGGUAGCCCAGACGUGGACUUAAUUCUCUUUUCCAGCAGACCAGCAAAUGGGACAGCUGGGGAAGAGUCUCAUGGACUGAGAACAGCACUGUGGCUUUGACUUGGGCCAAUGUUUCAGAGCCUGGUA